AUGGCUUCUUUCUUCACGCCGGUCAAUCGCAAGGUCGACCAGAGAGCGCCACUUUCUACUCCAGCGGGUGAAUUGCAACAACAAACGCCCCCUAAAACGUCCCCCAUUACUGUCGGAAAGAUGGAAUCACCACAACACAACGACAUCAGACUUCGAUACCAGCUCUCACUGCCCACCCUUAGAUCGCUUUCUGCAAUUGACAAAGCGCCCGACCGACGAAAGGUACUGCAGACUGCGUGCGGCGCAGCAGAGUUUCGAUCUUUCCCGAUAAGACAAGCGGAAAAGAAUCUGUUUCGAGAAAUCAACGAUCAUACAGGAAUCCCAUACCCAAUCAACGGGCCUGUCACUGAAUCUUGGCAAAAAGUGUUUUUGCUCAUUCAGAUUGAUCUCUCGCGAGGAGGAUGGCCCAACAAGAUAUCUGCCACUGGUCGCAAAGAACUUAUGCGAGACAGCGGUCGAAUUUACAUCGUCAUGGAUCGUGUGUUGAGAUGCCUUGCCGACAUCCUUGGAGAGAGGGAAGAUGGCAGGGGAGUCACUGUUACCUUGGAUGUUCUCAGGAGUGUCAGUGCAAAAGUGUGGGAGGGCUCCGAAAUGGAAUUGCUACAGGUCGAAGGGAUUGGCGCGGCAAAGAUGAAGCGCCUUACUGAUGCCAACAUCAAGACCAUCAAGCAACUUGCCAAAUUGGAGUUUUACCACAUUGAACGGUUGCUCAGCAGAAAUCCACCCUUUGGGCAUCAAAUGUUAAAUCAGCUAUCGGGAUUCCCACUGCUUCACCUGCAGGUUUCUGUGAUAUCCAGCUAUAAUCUUGCUCAGGAUGAUGAGCAAGACUCUAGCACAUCAGGACCCCGUCAAUCUUGGGCGGUCAGAGUCGUACUGGGGUAUAGCAAUGACACUAUACCGACCUGGUGUAAAAAAAGUCCGUGGGCAACCUUGGUCAUUGAAGGAGAUGAUGGUCGGCUCCUGUGGUUUUGGAGGGGAAGCGUGAGAAGGAUGGAGGGCGCCAAGAUCAUGUUUGUCCGCCUAGGUGCCAAGAAGGGAGAGAGCGUCAAAGCUACGUUUGCUUGUGAAGGCAUUGUAGGGACUCUCGUACGAUUUACACUGACCAUCUAA